AUGUACAACAUACAGCUGUUUAUAAGACUCAUCAGUGACAUUAAGGAGAUCAUACAGCUGUUUAUAAGACUCAUCAGUGACAUUAAGGAGAUCCUACAGCUGUUUAUAAGACUCGUCAGUGACAUUAAGGAGAUCCUACAGCUGUGUAUAAGACUCGUCAGUGAUAUUAAGGAGAUCAUACAGCUGUUUAUAAGACUCAUCAGUGACAUUAAGGAGAUCAUACAGCUGUUUAUAAGACUAGAGAUCAUACAGCUGUUUAUAAGACUAGUCAGUGACAUUAAGGAGAUCAUACAGCUGUUUAUAAGACUAGUCAGUGACAUUAAGGAGAUCAUACAGCUGUUUAUAAGACUAGUCAGUGACAUUAAGGAGAUCAUACAGCUGUUUAUAAGACUAGUCAGUGACAUUAAGGAGAUCAUACAGCUGUUUAUAAGACUCGUCAGUGACAUUAAGGAGAACCUACAGCUGUUUAUAAGACUAGUCAGUGACAUUAAGGAGAACCUACAGCUGUUUAUAAGACUAGUCAGUGAUAUUAAGGAGACCAUACAGCUGUUUAUAAGACUCAUCAGUGACAUUAAGGAGAUCAUACAGCUGUUUAUAAGACUCGUCAGUGAUAUUAAGGAGACCAUACAGCUGUGUAUAAGACUAGUCAGUGACAUUAAGGAGACCAUACAGCUGUGUAUAAGACUAGUCAGUGACAUUAAGGAGAUCAUACAGCUGUUUAUAAGACUAGAGAUCCUACAGCUGUUUAUAAGACUCGUCAGUGACAUUAAGGAGAUCAUACAGCUGUUUAUAAGACUAGUCAGUGACAUUAAGGAGAUCAUACAGCUGUUUAUAAGACUCGUCAGUGACAUUAAGGAGAUCCUACAGCUGUUUAUAAGACUAGUCAGUGAUAUUAAGGAGACCAUACAGCUGUGUAUAAGACUAGUCGGUGAUAUUAAGGAGACCAUACAGCUGUGUAUAAGACUAGUCGGUGAUAUUAAGGAGAUCCUACAGCUGUUUAUAAGACUAGUCAGUGAUAUUAAGGAGACCAUACAGCUGUGUAUAAGACUCGUCAGUGAUAUUAAGGAGACCAUACAGCUGUGUAUAAGACUAGUCAGUGAUAGUAAGGAGACCAUACAGCUGUGUAUAAGACUCGUCAGUGAUAUUAAGGAGAUCAUACAGCUGUGUAUAAGACUCAUCAGUGACAUUAAGGAGAUCAUACAGCUGUGUAUAAGACUCAUCAGUGACAUUAAGGAGAUCAUACAGCUGUGUAUAAGACUCAUCAGUGACAUUAAGGAGAUCAUACAGCUGUUUAUAAGACUCGUCAGUGAUAUUAAGGAGACCAUACAGCUGUGUAUAAGACUCGUCAAUGACAUUAAGGAGAUCAUACAGCUGUGUAUAAGACUCAUCAGUGACAUUAAGGAGAUCAUACAGCUGUGUAUAAGACUCAUCAGUGACAUUAAGGAGAUCAUACAGCUGUGUAUAAGACUAGUCAGUGAUAUUAAGGAGACCAUACAGCUGUGUAUAAGACUGCUACCCAAGGACAGAAUCCAGUAUCGCUCAAAAGGGGCGCUCAACUCAAAAAGGGGCGUUCAACCCAAAAGGGGCGUUCAACCCAAAAGGGGCGUUCAACUCAAAAGGGGCGCUCAACUCAAAAAGGGGCGUUCAACCCAAAAGGGGCGCUCAACUCAAAAAGGGGCGUUCAACUCAAAAAGGGGCGUUCAACCCAAAAGGGGCGUUCAACCCAAAAGGGGCGCUCAACUCAAAAAGGGGCGUUCAACUCAAAAAGGGGCGUUCAACCCAAAAGGGGCGUUCAACCCAAAAGGGGCGUUCAACUCAAAAGGGGCGCUCAACUCAAAAGGGGCGUUCAACCCAAAAGGGGCGUUCAACCCAAAAGGGGCGUUCAACUCAAAAGGGGCGCUCAACUCAAAAAGGGCGUUCAACUGUAAAGGGGCGCUCAACUCAAAAGGGGCGCUCAACUCAAAAGGGGCGCUCAACUCAAAAGGGGCGCUUAACAGAAAAGACAUGACCAUAUCUCAAUGUAGUACAGCUUCACUUACUGAAAAACACUCGUGGAACGGACAGAUUAAAAAACAAAUGAGAAAAUUGGUGUUUUUUCCCCUGGGAUCAGGGUAG